CAGAUGCCCCUUUGGUCGGUUCUAUUGCUGCCUUUACUUCUGAUGGCCCUAGCUUAGAGCAAGCUUAGGGACCCAUUGAGCAUCUCACUGCAACUCCCUCUUGCCAGUGGGGCGGGGUAGAGCGGGCAGAAGACAGCCUGAAAUUGGCAACACGAGAACACAGGAUCGCAGGAUCAUACUCUUCAGCUCUCUAAUGGCCCAAAUCUCAGCCACCUAGACUAGGGUUGCCAGUAACUCCACAGAAUAGGGGAGAUGUGUCUGAGUCCGGGGGGGCGCCUCUGCUUCUGCUCCUUUAAGAAGCCGCUGUUUAGCAUUCCUGCUGCUGCCGCUGCCGCUGCCUGACUCUGCGCUCUGAUUGGCUGGAAUCAAUUGAGAAGGGAGCCAGGGAGAGAUGCUCUUGACUCCACUCAGAUCCAUCCUGGGGACCUGAGCAGAAGAGGUUCUCGCCGCACCUAGCCUUUGCCGGAUUCUUCUUUUACCGCUGGGCCUCGGCCCAGAAGCCACAACGGGCGACACGGAGCCGCCAGUGCUGGAGGGGGAGCCAUGGGUGCGGGGCAGCGUGGGGGCAGAGGCCCCGGGACGCCCGCCCGGCCCCAGGCCCCGCUCAGCCCGGGCACCCCCACGGGUGCCCCCCCCUUCUUGGUCUGAGCAGUGCGAGUGUGCUAGGGAGCCCGGCGGCGGCGGCGGCGGCGUGGAAACUGGCGUGGGCUGGGGGGUCCGAGCCGCGGGGGGCAGUGCCAUGCACAAGCACCAGCACUGCUGUAAGUGCCCCGAGUGCUAUGAGGUGACCCGCCUGGCCGCCCUGCGGCGUCUUGAGCCUCCUGGCUACGGGGACUGGCAGGUGCCGGACCCCUAUGGGCCAAGUGGGGGCAAUGGGGCUAGCUCUGGUUAUGGAGGCUACAGCUCACAGACCCUGCCUUCACAGGCAGGGGCUACCCCCACCCCUCGCACCAAGGCCAAGCUCAUCCCCACAGGCCGAGAUGUGGGGCCAGUGCCCCCUAAGCCAGUCCCCGGCAAGAGCACCCCAAAACUCAACGGCAGUGGCCCCGGCUGGUGGCCCGAGUGCACCUGUACCAACCGGGACUGGUAUGAGCAGGCCAGCCCUGCACCCCUCCUAGUGAACCCCGAGGCCCUGGAGCCCAGCCUAUCGGUGAAUGGCAGUGAUGGCAUGUUCAAGUAUGAGGAGAUAGUACUGGAACGGGGCAACUCUGGCCUUGGCUUCAGUAUCGCAGGUGGCAUCGACAACCCUCAUGUCCCUGAUGACCCUGGCAUCUUUAUUACCAAGAUCAUUCCUGGUGGAGCAGCUGCCAUGGAUGGGAGGCUGGGGGUGAAUGACUGUGUGCUACGGGUGAAUGAGGUGGACGUGUCCGAGGUGGUGCACAGCCGGGCCGUGGAGGCACUGAAGGAGGCAGGCCCUGUGGUGCGGUUGGUGGUGCGGAGGCGACAGCCCCCACCUGAGACUAUCAUGGAGGUCAACCUGCUCAAAGGGCCAAAAGGCCUAGGUUUCAGCAUUGCUGGGGGCAUUGGCAACCAGCACAUCCCAGGAGACAACAGCAUCUAUAUCACCAAGAUCAUUGAAGGAGGAGCUGCUCAGAAGGAUGGACGCCUACAGAUUGGGGACAGGCUGCUUGCGGUGAACAAUACCAAUCUGCAGGAUGUGAGGCAUGAGGAAGCUGUGGCCUCACUCAAGAACACAUCAGACAUGGUCUAUCUGAAGGUGGCCAAGCCAGGCAGCAUCCACCUCAACGAUAUGUAUGCUCCCCCUGACUAUGCCAGCACUUUCACUGCCUUGGCUGACAAUCACAUAAGCCAUAAUUCCAGCCUGGGUUAUCUUGGGGCAGUGGAGAGCAAGGUCACCUACCCUGCUCCACCUCAGGUGCCCCCUACUCGUUAUUCUCCUAUUCCCAGACACAUGCUGGCUGAGGAAGACUUUACCAGAGAGCCCCGCAAGAUCAUCCUGCACAAAGGUUCUACAGGCCUGGGCUUCAACAUUGUAGGAGGAGAAGAUGGAGAAGGCAUUUUUGUUUCCUUCAUCCUGGCGGGAGGCCCAGCAGACCUAAGUGGGGAGUUGCGAAGGGGAGACCGGAUCUUAUCGGUAAAUGGAGUCAACCUGAGGAAUGCUACCCACGAGCAGGCAGCGGCUGCUCUGAAACGGGCUGGCCAGUCAGUCACCAUUGUGGCCCAGUAUAGACCUGAAGAGUACAGUCGCUUUGAAUCCAAGAUCCAUGACUUGCGGGAACAAAUGAUGAACAGCAGCAUGAGUUCUGGGUCUGGGUCUCUCCGAACCAGUGAGAAGAGGUCCUUGUAUGUCAGGGCCCUGUUUGAUUAUGAUCGGACUCGUGACAGCUGCCUACCAAGCCAGGGACUCAGUUUCUCUUAUGGUGACAUUCUGCACGUCAUUAACGCCUCUGAUGAUGAGUGGUGGCAAGCAAGGCUGGUGACUCCUCAUGGAGAGAGUGAACAGAUCGGUGUGAUCCCUAGUAAAAAGAGGGUGGAAAAGAAAGAGCGAGCUCGAUUGAAAACUGUGAAGUUCCAUGCCAGGACAGGGAUGAUUGAGUCUAAUCGGGACUUCCCUGGGUUAAGUGACGAUUAUUAUGGAGCAAAGAACCUGAAGGGAGUGACAUCCAACACCAGUGACAGCGAAAGCAGUUCCAAAGGACAAGAGGAUGCUAUUUUGUCAUAUGAGCCAGUGACACGACAAGAAAUUCACUAUGCCAGGCCUGUGAUCAUCUUGGGCCCAAUGAAGGACCGAGUCAAUGAUGACCUCAUCUCUGAGUUCCCGCAUAAAUUUGGAUCCUGUGUGCCACAUACCACCCGGCCUCGGCGUGAUAACGAGGUAGAUGGACAGGAUUACCACUUUGUGGUUUCCCGGGAACAAAUGGAGAAGGAUAUUCAGGACAACAAGUUCAUUGAGGCGGGCCAGUUCAAUGAUAAUCUCUAUGGGACCAGCAUCCAGUCUGUGCGGGCAGUUGCAGAGAGGGGCAAGCACUGCAUCUUAGAUGUCUCCGGCAACGCCAUAAAGAGACUGCAGCAAGCACAACUUUACCCCAUUGCCAUUUUCAUCAAGCCCAAGUCCAUUGAAGCACUUAUGGAAAUGAACCGACGGCAGACAUACGAACAAGCAAAUAAGAUCUUUGAUAAAGCCAUGAAACUGGAGCAAGAAUUUGGAGAAUACUUUACAGCCAUUGUACAGGGUGACUCACUGGAAGAGAUUUAUAACAAAAUCAAACAAAUCAUUGAGGACCAGUCUGGGCACUACAUUUGGGUCCCAUCCCCUGAAAAACUCUGAAGAAUCCCCUCCAACCAUUCUCUUGUGAACAGAAGAAAUGAAGCCCCUCUUCCCUCCUUCCUCUUCAUUCCUGUCCCCACGGGGAGAACAAAUGACUACUGUUCUUGUCCUCCUUUUUAGAUAUGUCAAAAAUUGAGUUUUCUAGUCCUGUUCUUUUUUAAAAAAUGUUGUUUUGUUUUGGUUUCUCUUUCGGGAUGAUGCCAUCUCACUCAUCACGUGACCGUGCCCAUUCCUGCAUGGACCUUUCCCACGCGCUAGCACAGGUGCAAAUCCAUCAGAGUUGUUGUUCUCAUAAACACCCAGCAGAAGCGAAGAGAAGAGAGGAGGACUGAUGGAAAGACAGACUCUGGACAACUGCACAGCUUGUGAAGUGAGCGAAACAGCCCACGUGAGGAGGCGCUCCCGGGCAUUCCUACCCUGUACUGCGGCUUGCAGCUCUGAACGGUGCAACGUAACGGCUACAGAAAGGAUCUUAUUUAUAUAUAGAUAUAUAUAUGUAAUUUAUAUAAAAUAUAUAGAAAUUAUUAUAUAUAUAUAUUAUACACUCUUCUAUAAUAUAUAUAUAUAUUCACAUACAUUGGGACUAGAAAAUCUAUGGAGACGUCCAUCAACGGUACUAUGUUAUUAGAGAAAUGCUUUAAUUUUCAUAUUCCAAUCAGAUGACAUCUUAAUGUUCCACCUGGUUGGGAAGGGGUUGACAACAGUAGUAAGUGCUAUACCAAAGCACUCGAAUUUGGUCAUUCUCUUCAGAGCUAAGGCUUGCUCCAGGUGGGGCCAACCUACAGCAUAAGAGAAGGGGCUUUGGCUGGGAGCUGGAGAUUGGAGACAUGACUAAAGCAGUUGCUGCCCCUGCAGGGCAGUCAGUUGUUCCUGUGCAGAAAGAGAGAAUGAAUGGUUAAUGAUGCUCCGGAUGAAACUGCCUGUUGUUUUAUGCCGCCUGAUGUGUCUGCAUGAGAGGUUUCCUUUUUGUUCAUUUUUAAGCUGCUGUUAAACCAAAACCAUGUUGUGCUACUGUGUCAGCCUUUUCAUUAUUCCAGAUUUUACUUUUACUAUUUAAGUGAAUGCGUAGAAUCCUAUUUGCCAGUGUUCUAAAGGCUUGUGAGGUUCUGAAGGAGCCAGGCCUGGGAUACAGCGGUAACUUAGGCCUGGCCAUCCAGUCAACAGAGGGAAAGCAGGGGCUGGUGAGGGCAGAGAGUACAAGCUGGGGCUCGGAGUUACCAUGCUGGACUUAGCUAGGGGUUCCUUCACGGGGCCACUGACAGGCAUAGGGAGGUGCUUGCCUUCUGGCUCUGUGCUGGGACAGUGGAAGAGCACCAGGCUUGGCCAGCCGUGUAGUGAGUUGGAUUUGGGUUCUUUUCUUUUGCAACUGCUCCAUUUGCCCUACCCCAGCCCCCUCACCAACAGCUGGUAGCUUACUGUUUCUUCAAGAAGAAAGUAGAAUUUAACGCUGUAAAUUUGAGCUGUAGAGCUAAGACUCGCUUACUGGUGAGCUGUGAAAUCUUGUUGCUUUUUUCCCAGAGUCUGAUGGCAGUGACUGGUCCAGGUAGUUUUCCUCCCGCAGCCAGUGCAGGCAGCAGGUGUGGUCCAGGCCCUACCCCACCCCACUAUGCUCCUUUGAAGCCAACGUGCCUCCCUCACCUCCACACUGGAGGGAUGACGCAGGGGAGAACAUAGAAUUGCUUGGCCCUCAACUGGGUUAGGACCAUCGCAGGUGAUGCAGGGUUGACACUUUAAAGCACUACCAGCCACAUUCAGGAACUCUGUUCACAGGUAUCCUACCAGCAUAAUGAGGCUAACUGUGACUCGUGGGGCCCAGAGUUAGAAGAAAGAAAAGGCAGCAGCUUUCUCUUGGGCAGUACACUGGAUUGAAGGCAAAGAGGGAUAAAGUGACAGAUGAUUGUGACUCUCGCGAGGGGGGGGGUGAGCCGGAAGUGUUGAUUCUCUGAUGGUAACUAACCGCAGUGGACAGUGCUCAAUCCUCCCUCCCAGGGAAGAAAAGCAAAGAUUCGAAGUAAGCAUGAUAAUAGUUGGUUUACCAGUGUUCCUUCCAAGGAGACAUAUAUUUUUUAAUAAAUGAUAGUUGCAAUGAA